AAUAGUUGAAAAGGCCGAACGAAUGGUGGCUCUUAUAUUGGAAGGCAAUCUUGCAAUUAUUCAAACACAUGUAAGAUUUAUCUGCCCUUCAUCUUCUUCCACACACUCAUAAGUCAGAAAGCAUAACGCCUGGUUUUCCUCACACCCCACAAUCAAACUCUGAAAUGAGCCAACGUGUCCCUAGCUGUGAUGUGGACGACAACACCAUUUCCACACCAACAAAAUUCCCUCUUAUUUCCACCUCCAAUUUCAUCGCCCAUGAAGUCCCAAUGUUGGGCUACAAACUGGCAUGCAAAAAGGGACAACCUUCCACCCACCAACACACUCCUGCGAACCAAACAACAUGGGAGAUACCUCGUACAAGUGGAACCUUGGAGUCCAUCGUCAACCAUGGUAUCGCCAAAAACUGCCACCAGUUACUUACUAAGGACGCCUUGGUGCCCUCUUUUCCCAAACAGGGAACAGUGUUUGGCGCGUGCAAGAAGGGUUACCCUGGGCGCGUGGAGUCUGGGGUGGUGGCGCGUGGUCCCCCAACCUAUGAGUUGACUGGCAUCAAAGACUCCAGUAUGAGCGGUUGUGACACCUGUCCGAGGGAGUUGAGCGUCACUUUCAAUUCAGCCACCAUGGGUUUGCCUGAAAACACCACUAGCUCCGUUAAGCAGUGUACGGAGACCACUGCCAACGACUACCGUGAUUCCGUAAGCCACCGUAGGUCGCAGAGUGAGGCACGGGAAGAAGAUUGUAAGACAACUGGAGUUGAUAGAUCUUGUGAAUCCAACAAAAGAAUAAAAGCUUCAGCUGUACACAACCAAUCUGAAAGGAGAAGGAGAGAUAAGAUCAACCAAAGAAUGAAGGAAUUGCAAAAGCUGGUCCCCAAUUCCAGCAAGACAGACAAAGCUUCGAUGCUGGAUGAGGUUAUCCAAUACAUGAAGCAAUUGCAAGCACAUUUGCAAAUGAUGAAUUGGAUGAAAAUGUACUCGUCGAUGAUGCUGCCAAUUACCAUGCAACAGCAACAACUUAAGAUGUCCAUGCUGAUGGCUCAAAUGGGCAUGGGAAUGAGAAUGAGUAAAGACAUGGCUAUGAAUAUGAACAUGAAUAUGGAUAUGAAUAUGAAUAUGAAUAUGAACAACAUGAACAUUCCCACCAUUGCUCCCAUGCUCCAUCUUCCUCCCUUCAUGCCUAUGGCUUCAUGUGCUGAUCGAUUACUAGCAGAUCUAGAAAAGUCAGAGACAGUGGAUGCAUACAGUAAGAUGGCUGCUCUGUAUAAUCAGAUGUAUCAUCAUCCUCCAGAUUCAAGUUCCAAGAAAUGAGUUCUACUGUUCUACCUUCUCAAGAGUAUCAUAAGCUUGUGUGUGUAUAUCUGUUAGAAAGAUUGAACUGAAGAGACAACAGUUUUCUUUUUUCUUUUUCUUUUGUACAAGAAAAAUAAAAUGUAAUUUCUUUGCACUCCAAUAGUACAAAGAUGAUGUGCAUUAUCAGACGUGCUUCCUUCUGUUCAUUGUUAGUACUUUUUUUAUAAUGGAUAAUAAGUUUGAAUAUAAGAUGUUAUUCAGAUUAUUAGAUGAAUCUCUUACCAUGUCUUAAAGAAAGGACUUGUUGCAGUUUU